GUUUUAUCAAUCACAAAUACUGCUUCAGUUUGCACUCGGACAACUUUACCGCGAGGGGCCGUCAAAAAGAAAGACUUCAUGGUAAACACUAAGGUACGGAAGUGACGAAAGAGAAUAAGGACAUGUUUAACCCUAUCAACAGUAGUCUACCCUCUGGGGAAACGACUGGCGGCUGCAAUAAUGAGCAUGACAACAAUUCAGAUGGUUCAUCAGAUGAGGACUCUAUAAGCCUGUUGCAUGAUCUUAAUACCAUCCAAAGCAAAGAGGGAAUGCAACACUGUGGUUUAAUUUUAGCAACCAAUAGCAAGGAGUCUAGGAAUAUGAUGGCAAUAAGCCAACUACAAGUGCCAGAAUAUGCUGUGGAUGAUGCAGACAGUGCAAAUGACUCUCAAAACGGUAAGAUGCACAAGGAGAUACAGCUUUACGAGACAGAUGAAAAUGAAGACGCUCUUCCUCACAAAACAUGCAGAGGAGAUGAGGCCUGUGGUGAAGUCAUCACUCACUUAGAAAAUAUUGCCGGUUGUUGGAACGGUUUCUUUUGUCUGUGAUAUUUUCAGCUUUUUCAUUUCCCACUAAAGUGUCUUGAAUUGUAAUCUACUGGACAGCUCUCCAUGAAGCCUCUGCUGAGGGUAAUGUGGAAGGGGUCCAGGAGCUCCUCAAUGCUAAUGCCGAUAUCAAUGCUAUAAGCAAUGAUGAUGACACUCCACUACUGGAUUCUGUAUCCUCUGGACAUCACCAGGGAAUAAACAUUGUUCUCCAGUAUGGCUCACAGCCGAAUACCAGGAAUACGUUAGGAUUCACUGCACUGGAUGUAGCUGACCAGACGGAGAAUAAAGAGCUUUUUAACAAAUCUUCCACAAGUCAAGCGCAGCCUCAUACAUUGUCUGGUGAGCUUUCCGCUGAGGCUCACUGCAACAAGCUUCCACCAUGCCAUUCGAGCUUCAGUUGCACAUCAAACUUAGAACCCAGAGAAUUGGAUGAUGGAAACGGAACUGAUAAACCUGCUGGCAUUCCAUUGAGGAAGAAUGACACUGCAACAGAUAAUACUGCAAGGCAGAUGUUGGCAUCGGUGGAGAAAAAGCAAAAAGAAAUAUCAACUUGGUCUCUGACACAACCACAGGAUGGAGUCAUAUACCUUUCAGCUAUAACAAAUAUUCAGAAUGAACUGGCUGAGAUCUUUGUCAAGCAACAGUUGGAGAAGGAUAAUCUUGUCCACAAAUACAAGAGCAUGACUUCACCCUUUCUUCGACAUGGGGUGAAAAUUCAAUUUCUUUCCCUUUGUUCACGGCAAAGGAAAUUAGUGAACAUCCUUCAGAUGCAAAUGAAUCGGGUACAUUUUCUUGACAAUGAAAACAUAUCCACCCAAAACAGUCAAGUAGUGCAAGAGCAGCAACGUCAGUUCAACAGUCUUUCGACUCAGCCCCUCUCUUCCAAGAUGACGGAGAGGAAAAAAGGUUCCCAAGACAAACCCAUUCCAAAAAGGGGAACCCAAAAGUCAACAAGACGGGCCAACCCACAGAAAAGAUUGGCCCAAACCAAGGACAAGGUCCUUACAGUCCUUCCAAGUCCUUUUCCACCAGCAAACAGGCAGGAUCACUCUUAUGCGCUGAAAAGAAUCCAAGCCGACAAUGUUCAAACAAAAUAUAUUUAUCCACUGUCACAAGGAAGAGCUAAAGAACAUAGCAAACAUCUCUCUCAGCUUAUCCAGAAGGGACUAAUACCACAUGGAGGUGUUUUACAGAUUUUCUUAAAGGGGAAGUUGCACUCUGCACAUGUGCAGGGCAAUGGUUCAAUAAAGGACAGCAAAGGAAAGUCACACUUGUUUCCAGAGUGCUGGCUUCAGUCUAUCCUGGCAAACAACAUCCCUGUCAGUUCUACGUAUGCCUGGGACAAGUCUGCACCUGAACGUCACACAGCCGCCCUGUUCUGUCCAAACUUUCUUUCCACAUGGAACUUUUUCCGCUGCUUCGCCUCCGACUGUGCCGUCAUACCAACAGGCAUCUUUAAAGUUUGCUUGCUCAAGCUGGUGUACAUCAAAGUGACGGUGAGGGACAGCAUCUACGGGGGCCUAUCGGGAGUUCACAGCCAGGGGUUGGACGUCAACUGCACCGCUAUCUACGAGCUUGACCCUAAGGAAAUAGGCAAAGCUCUGGAGAUGAAACACAAAGCCAUCAUUGACGUGGACGAUGAUAGCACUGUGAGUCUGACUUCGGACUGUCAAACCUUUAUCACAAGGAGGCGUUAUGACGACAUUCCGGUCUCAGGGGUCGAGCGCAACUUUCCGCUGGCUUACUCCUUGGUGGUGCACCAAAACGCACCCAUGGUGGAAUGUAUUCUUCACGCCAUCUACGCGCCUCAAAACAUCUACUGUGUCCACUAUGACCAAAAGUCCUCUGCUGCGUUUAUUAAGGCCAUGAAGAACCUUGCUCGCUGUCUGCCUAACGUAUUUAUUGCCUCAAAACUGGAGUCAGUCCAAUACGCUCAUAUUAGUCGACUCAACGCGGAUCUCAACUGCCUCUCUGACCUGCUGAGGUCCCAGAUCCAAUGGGAGUAUGUGAUCAACCUCUGUGGUCAGGACUUUCCUCUCAAGUCCAACUACGAACUGGUGGUGGAGCUGAGGCGGCUGAACGGCCGUAACAUGCUGGAGUCCAGUAAACCAAGCGAGCUGAAGAAGCAGCGCUUCAGUUUUAAGCAUGAGCUGAAGAACGUGCCUUACGAGUACCACCGUAUUCCUGUGAAAACCACGAUGGCAAAAGAUGUGCCUCCUCAUGCGCUCGUGAUGUUCACCGGAAGUGCUUAUUUUGUGCUGUCGCGGAGUUUUGUCAACUACAUCAGCAGCAACCAAGUAGCCAAAGACUUUCUGGCCUGGUCAGCAGACACAUACUCUCCAGAUGAACACUUCUGGGCCACCCUUGUCAGGCUCCCAGGGGUGCCAGGACAUAUUUCUAGAUCCCAACCAGACGUUACGGACUUGAAGAGUAAGACGCGACUUGUCAAAUGGAACUAUCUGGAAGGAAACGUGUAUCCACCUUGCACAGGUACGCACAAGCGAAGCGUUUGCAUCUAUGGGGCUGCAGAACUUCGCUGGCUCCUCAAUUAUGGCCACUGGUUUGCCAACAAAUUUGACCCCAAAGUGGACCCCGUCUUGAUCAAGUGUUUGGAGGAGAAGUUGAUAGAAAAACGUUACGCCGCGCCUAAAUGAUAUGUGCCUUUAAAUUUUGGAAAAGGAGGGGGGAAAAUUAAUUGUUUUGCUAAUUAAUUUAUCUCAAAUAAAACUAAAGUUCCACACGUAAGUAUUUAUUAUGUCACCCUUUCGCUCGUGACUAGGGGUGUCCCGAUACAACAAUCUAGUGCAGUGUUUCUUAACGUUGGGCCCACUUUUGGGCCGCAGUGUCCCCUAAAAAUAUAGGCAGCAGCAGUACUUAGUUGGAAUACACUUUUCCACCACUUGAGGCAGUAAUGACGAUAUCAAACAAACACAAGCAGAAAAACUAAAUAAUAAUACAUUCAUAUUGAUCAGCGUCAUUAACUCAGGUGCACAAUACAUUAAAAAAAAACCUUUAACCUACUAAACAAACAUUAAUAAAACAAUUUGUGCUGUUUUUUUUCUUCUAAACAAAAUGAGGGAGUCAGGGUUAAUAGCCACAACGAGCACAUUUAGUAGUGCACAGCCUUUCACAGUGGGGUUUGAAGCAUGUUCCCCCGAGUCACACGACAUUGCAUCACUCUGAGCCCACCUUUGCCCCCCCCUCUCCCGCCCUUUACUCUUACACAUAAAGAAUAUUGAUAGCAAUAAGUCUACAUUUUAGUGUUGAAAACAAAAGUGUACAUCUUUAACAUCCAUCCAUUUUCUACCGCUUAUUCCCUUCGGGGUCACGGGGGGUGCUGGAGCCUAUCUCAGCUGCACUCGGGCGGAAGGCAGGGUACACCCUGACAAAUCGCCACCUCAUCACAGGGCCAACACAGAUAGACAGACAUUCACACUCACAUUCACACACUAGGGCCAAUUUAUUGUUGUCAAUCAACCUAUCCCCAGGUGCAUGUUUUUGGCGGUGGGAGGAAGCCGGAGUACCCGGAGGGAACCCACGCAGUCACGGGGAGAACAUGCAAACUCCACACAGAAAGAUCUCGAGCCCGGGAUUGAACCCGGGACUACGCAGGACUUUUGUAUUGUGAGGCACAUGCACUAACCCCUCUGCCACCGUGCUGCCCUAUUUAUAUUGUCAUUUUUGCUCAUUUAUUAAAAAAUAUAAAAUCACAUGGACAAGCGGUAGAAAUAGAUGGAUGGAUGUACAUAAGUAUUUACAGUAUUUGCUCAAUACUUAGUUGAUACACCUUUGGCAGCAAUUACAGCCUCGAGUUGUUUUGAAUACAUUGCCACAAGCUUGGCACACCUAUCUUUGUACCUCCCAAGCUCCAUCAGGUUGGAUGGGAAGUGUUACUUUUCAUCCAGGAUGUCUGUGUACAUUCAUCUUAGUCUAGUCAGGGAGGUGACCAAGAACUCUCCAUCCAUCCAUUUUCUACCGCUUGUCCAUUUCGGGGUUGCGGGGGGUGCUGGAGCAUAUAUCAGCUGCAUUCGGGCGGAAGGCGGGGUGCAUCCUGGACAAGUCGCCACCUCAUCACAGGGCCAACACAGAUAGACAGACAACAUUCACACUCACAUUCACACACUAGGGCCAAUUUAGUGUUGCCAAUCAACUUAUCCCCAGGUGCAUAUCUUUGGAGGUGGGAGGAAGCCGGAGUACCCGGAGAGAACCCACACAGUCACGGGGAGAACAUGCAAACUCCACACAGAAAGAUCCCCAGCUCAGGAUCGAACCCAGGACCUUCGUAUUGUGAGGCACAUGUGCUAACCCCUGUUCCACCGUGCUGUCGACCAAGAACCCGAUGCACCUAAAAGACUCUCAGAACAUGGAAAACAUAAUUCUCUGGUCUGAUGAGACAAAGAUUGAACUGUUUGGCGUAAACGCCAGUCAUCAUGUUUGGAGGAAACCAGACACCACUCAUCACCAGGCAUAUACCAUCCCUACAGUGAAGAAUGUUUUUUAGCACAGGGACUGGGAGACUAGUAAGGAUAGAGGGAAAGACAAAUGCAGCCAUGUACAGAGACAUCCUAAAUAAAAAAAACAAUGCUUCACAAUCUAA